AAUUUCCGAUAAUAUUGAUUUUAUUAAUGCCAUGUGUGUAAGAAGGCAUUUCUUUGUUUAAGUAUAUCAACAUGAGGUCAAGGACUGCAUGUUCAAUGCAUGAUCAUCUAAUUACAUUAUCUGAUUGGUCAGUUCUUGAGAUCGGUAAUUAAUAUCAAAUUUCUACAUGUGCUCGGACAUGCGGUCAUUCGCCUUUGUUUUGGGAGAGAGAAAAGAUCGUUUUUGAAUUUUAUCUGAAAAACUGAAAAAGUACUGAAGAAAGGCAGUCAUCGAAGAAUCCACAGAUUAUAAGGUAAAAGCGAACCUUAACUAUUAUUCAAUAUAUUUUUGAUAGCUUAAUUUUUAAUUUAUUAAUUUUUAUAAUAGAUUAGUUGCUUUUGAACCAUGGUCCGGCGUGCCUUAAUUUUUGGUAAUUCUUUUAUUCGUCGUUUAGAAACAUUUACUCAUGAAAACUGUGAUCGAGGUUGGUUAAAUUUAGGUUUAGACGGAACCGAUAUCCAGGUGGAAUUUUUUGGUUUGGGGGAGGGACUCUUCGCCCCGGUAAUAAAUGUGUUCAAAAGCAACAUUAUAUGCAUAUAAUUGAAGAAUAUACGCCACAUUCGGUUUUUCUUCAGGUUGGAGGCAACGAUUUAUCGUCUGAAAAUGAGCCCGUAAAAUUAGCAAGAGAUAUCAGCGUUUUUGCCGAUUACAUAAUUAAUUGCUAUCAUGUUAACCACGUGGUUAUUGGUCAACUUCUCCCGAGGUAUUCCGAAAGACCGGAAACCUAUUAUAACAACAAGGUUUACAUUGUAAACAAAGAACUUAGUCAUUUACUAAAACAAAGAGAUAAUGCGACUUUCUGGCAUCAUAGGGGGUUGUGGAAGAACACCCCAGAUUUAUUAUUAAAAGAUAAAGUUCAUCUUAAUGAUGAAGCAAAAUGCCAAAGCAGAAAAGCAGAACAAGAAGAAAGGCUGCUCCACAAAACCUGGUAGAGGAUGUUCACGAUUUAGUGGAGGAACAAAGUCAGGAGUUACCACCAAUAUACAGGCCACCAGUGCGGAGACGCAAGGCCAGACAAACAGCUCCUGAAAAUCUGUCAGUUCAUGAAACAAAUACUAAACAGUCGUCUGUUCCAACCGCAAAUGACAUUGCUGAUGCUUUGUUCCUGAAGUUUCAAAGUUCUGGCGUUCAACUUGUCAAAGACAAUACAGCAGUUCCAAUUAAUGACUUAACUGGUAUAUUGUCGUCAUCAUCUAUACAACCAGAAAAUUCGUCAACUACUGACUCCCAGGGACCAAUGUUAGCUGUCUUUCAACCACCAGUUUCCUCAGAUCCUAAUAUCAACACUCCUUCUGAUGGUGAGCUGCUAAACUCAAAUGAAGAAAAUCCAUAUGCAUGUGAAAUGUUGAGACAUACUAUACCUUUAGAUUACCAUGUCAGCAAUAAGGUUAAAUCUGAUGUUUGGUGUGAUAAUUAUGUAAAUUUUGCCUAUUGUUACCUUCUAAUAUUGAUGAUACAUGUAAUGAAUCAACAUUAUUUGAAAAUUUAA